CAACAGAACCGGUAGAAAAUCAUAACAAGCACCGGAUCACGAUGAACAGACAAGCGAAGGGGAGAACCCCCCGCAGGCCUCCGAGAAACCCUCCCAGCAGCCAGAAAGACCCAGUUGGUGUGUACUGUCGUGUCCGUCCUCUGGGUGUGGAGGAUGAGGAGUGCUGUAUCGAUGUGAUCAGCAGCUCCACCAUCCAGCUGCACGCGCCCGAAGGCUUCAAAACAAACCGCAAUGGAGAGUACAAAGAGACACAGUAUUCCUUCAAAAAAGUCUUUGGAGUUUCAAUAUCUCAGAUGGAACUGUUUGAGCAUGUGGCCAAACCUCUUGUUGACGACCUCAUCCAUGGAAAAAAUGGACUGCUCUUCACUUAUGGCGUGACAGGAAGCGGGAAGACUUUUACCAUGACUGGCUCUCCAGGCCAGGGGGGACUUCUACCCCGCUCACUCGACAUGAUCUUCAACAGUAUAAGCCCGUACCAGACAAAACGAUAUGUUUUUAAGACUGAUGAUAAAAAUGGAAUGGAGAUCCAGAAUGAAGUUGAUGCUUUGUUGGAGCGCCAAAGACGGGAAAACAACUUGCCUGCUCCUAAAACAACUUCCUCCAGACAAAAAGUUGAACCUGAGAUUGCUGACAUGAUUAAGCCGGAGGAGGCUUAUAAAACCGAUGGUGUGGACGAGGACAGCAGCUACAGUGUCUUCGUCUCCUACAUAGAGAUCUACAACAACUACAUCUACGAUCUUCUUGAGGAAACUCAGGAUGAUGUUAUCAAGCCAAAGUGGAAUGGUGGAGGCACACCUGUGCGCCAGAACACUGAGUUCAUACCACCUCAGUCUAGAAUCCUCAGAGAGGAUCAGAACCACAACAUGUACGUGGCUGGAUGUAUGGAAGUGGAAGUCAAGUCUGCUGAGGAGACGUUUCAAGUGUUCUGGAGAGGUCAGAAGAAGAGAAAGGUGGCGAACACCCGGCUGAACAGAGAGUCCAGCCGCUCCCACAGUGUGUUCAUCAUUAAACUGGCUCAGGCUCCUCUGGAUGCAGAUGGUGACAACAUCCUCCAGGAUAAGAACCAGGUGACUGUCAGUCAGCUGUGCCUGGUGGACUUGGCAGGAAGUGAGCGCACUGGAAGGACAGGGGCGGAAGGCACCCGUAUCCGUGAAGCAGGAAACAUCAAUCAGUCUCUGCUGAAUCUGCGAACCUGCAUUGAAAUACUUCGGGAGAACCAGAUGUGUGGCACAAACAGGAUGGUCCCUUACAGAGACUCUAAAGUAACCCAUCUGUUCAAGAACUACUUUGAUGGAGAGGGAAAAGUCAGGAUGGUGGUUAAUGUUAAUCCCAAGGCUGACGACUACGAGGAAACCCUGCUGGUGAUGCGGUUUGCAGAGAUGACGCAGGAGGUGGAGGUGGCUCGGCCAGCAGACAAGCCCAUCUGGGGCUUCACUCCGGGCAGGCGUAACAGAAACCAGGCCUUCAAGGAUGAGCUCUCUCGCAAACUGGAAGAGCGCGGUGGCCCGAUAGAAAGAGAUUUGUCCUCUGCUCUAAACCACCUGGUGUCCAGUCUCCCACCUCUGCCCUCCUCUGAGGUGACCGACCCUCAUGAUGAAAUCACCCUGCCCAGGCUGAUUGAAGCUCUGCAGAACAGACACAGGAUCAGGCAGAUGAUGAUUGAGGAGUACAACAAAGCAGCCAUUAUGAUGAAGUCUACGCUUCAGAACAUGGACAGCAACCUCAUUUCCAAAGACACCUUUAUUCAUGAACUAAAUGGCAGACUGAUGGAGAAGGACAAAGUCGUCCAAUCCAACAAGGCAGAGAUCGAACGCUUGGAAAAGAAAAACAAGUUGCUAGAACACAAGUUUGACAUCCUGCAGAAAACAACUAAGACCUAUGAGGUCGACAAGCGCUCACUGCAGCAGGAGCUUGAAACCAGGGAGCAGAGGCUGCAGAGGGAGCUGAAUGAGAAGCGACGCAUGGAGCAGCGCCUUCAUGGUGUCGUCUCAGACACUCAGCAUAAAUGGGAGAAAGAAUGUGAGAGACGCGUCAAUGCGAAGCAGAUGGAGAUGCAGAACAAGCUGUGGGUGAAAGACGAAAAGCUCAAGCAGCUCAAGGCCAUAGUGACAGAGGGCAAGACUCCAGGUCGUCCUGAUCCUCCACCUCGUCAGACACAGCCUCAUCCUCAGCGCCCUUCCAGAGACGAGCGUCCAAAGAGAUCGGCCUCACCUUCACCUAUCCCUUCUUGCUAUUUGGUUCCCCAUUUCCCAGUUGAUUCUCCUCAUGUCAGCCCAGUGCAGCGGCCUCAGCAUUUCACUGCCACUAGAUUUGAAGAGUCAGAGAUGGACCCAAGACCAACCUCUCCCCUCCCCAGAAACAGUAGCCCUUUGUUGGUGACUAGCAGCUUCUCCUCUCUGGACGGCAGGCAGGGUCACUCUUCACCUAGUACGCCCACAAGAACACAGUCUCCAGCUGCCCCUCCAGUGAGCCGGGCCAAGAGGAGAGCUCUGUGUUGGGCUAGGGAGGUGGAAGAAGUCCACUCCCCACCCACUACGCUUGAUAUAGACCUAAUGCUGAGAAACUACAGGACAACGACGCCAGUGCGCCCAAUGCACCGUCGCUCCCACUCUGCUGGUGGGGAGAAGUGGGUCGAUCAUAAACCUGCAUCCAGCCUGGACCUCGGGACAGUUCUGCAGCCCGUCAUCCCCAAUGCUAUUCAAGUGUCUACACCCAGUGAGAAGGCCCUGUCCAAGUGCGACAGAUACGUGUUAACGCAUCAGGAGAUCGCCUCUGAUGGCGAGAUCAGGACCAAACUGAUUAAGGGUGAUGUGCUUAAAACCAGGGGAGGAGGACAAAGUGUCCAGUUCACUGACAUCGAGACUCUGAAACAGGAGCUUGCUGGAGGCCCUGGACGCAAGAGGAAAUCUUCAGAAGGCACUUCAGGCGAUGGCAAUGGAUCAGAUGGAGCUUGGACUGAUGUGGAGACAAGGUGUGCUGUGGGGAUGGAGAUGAGGGCUGGAUCCAACAUGGGUCCAGGUUUGGAGCACCAGGGAAUCACCAAGCGCAGAAAACCCUGAACACAGCUGACCGCUGCUUCAAUGAUCACUCCCUUCCUCUAUAUCUUCUCCUGGCUGUUGUGCAAUAGUCUAUACCUUUUUAUAUUUAGCUCUAGUAAUAUUUAAACAUUUUC